CGCAACGUAGCGGAAGAUGCGGUCCAUCGUUGUGCUCAUUCUGGCCAUGUGCUAAACUUUCACUGACUUCCAUCUAACAUCUUAUGGUUCUGCUGUAACAUUUUCUCGGUUUAUUCCCCAACAUGGAGAACAUUACAGACGGCACGUGGGACAGCUUACCUGUUCAAAUAAACCAGAAGAUUUUACAAACCCUGGAAGAGUUGAAAUUCACUCACAUGACUCCUGUGCAGUCUGCUUGUAUCCCGCUGUUCAUGAACAAUAAAGAUGUGGCAGCUGAGGCGAUCACCGGCAGCGGGAAGACUUUAGCGUUUGUCAUUCCGAUCAUAGAGCUGCUGCUGAAGCGAGAGGAGAAGCUGAAGAAAAAGCAGGUUGGCGCCAUGGUGAUCACUCCUACUCGGGAACUGGCCCUGCAGAUCAGUGAAGUGAUGGGAACGUUUAUCCAGAAGUUUCCAGAGUUCUCGCAGAUUCUACUGAUCGGUGGCAGUAACCCAGCAGAGGAUGUGGAGAAGUUUAAGGAGCACGGAGGCAACAUUGUGAUUGCGACGCCCGGCCGACUGGAGGACAUGUUCAGGAGGAAGACGGAGGGAUUUGAACUGGCCAGCGCCGUCAGGAGUCUGGAGGUUCUGGUUCUGGACGAAGCAGACAGGCUGCUGGACAUGGGCUUUGAGGCCAGCCUGAACACCAUCCUGGGCUACCUGCCCAAGCAGAGACGGACCGGCCUGUUUUCAGCCACUCAGACCCAGGAGCUGGAGAAGCUGGUGAGGGCCGGCCUCAGAAACCCCGUACGGAUCACAGUCAAAGAGAAAGGUCAGGCUGCCGCCGCCGCUGCACAGAAGACGCCGUCCCGCCUCUCCAACUACUACAGCAUCUGCAGAGCGGAGGACAAGUUCAACAACCUGGUGGCGUUUCUAAGGCAACACAAGCAUGAGAAGAACCUGGUCUUCUUCAGCACCUGUGCCUGUGUGGAAUACUUCGGCCGAGCCUUGGAGUCGCUGGUCAAGAAGGUCACCAUCCACUGCAUCCACGGAAAGAUGAAAAACAAGCGCAACAGUAUUUUUGCAGAGUUUCGGUCUCUGAAAAGCGGGAUCUUGGUUUGCACCGACGUCAUGGCCAGGGGCAUCGACAUCCCUGAUGUAAACUGGGUCCUUCAGUACGAUCCGCCCAGCAACGCCAGCGCUUUCGUGCAUCGAUGCGGGAGGACGGCGCGCAUCGGUAACUAUGGCAACGCCCUCGUAUUCCUGCUGCCGAUGGAGGAAACUUACGUCAACUUCUUAUCCAUCAACCAGAAGUGCCCGCUGCAGAAGAUGUCUCCCAUUAAGGAUGUGGUGGACGUGCUUCCCAAAGUGAAGGCCAUGGCCCUGGCUGACCGAGCCAUGUUCGACCGCGGGAUGAAGGCCUUCGUCUCAUACGUCCAGGCAUACGCCAAACAUGAAUGUAGCCUCAUCUUUAGAGUAAAAGAUCUGGAUUUUGUGUCCUUGGCUCGCGGCUUCGCUUUGCUCCGCCUCCCAAAGAUGCCGGAGCUGAAGGGAAAAUCGUUUCCUGAAUUCGCGGAGACGACCGUGGACACAGAGACCAUACGCUACAAGGACAAAAACCGGGAAAAGCAGAGACGGAAAAGGCUGGCUGAGCUGAAGGACAAGGAAAAGACAGAGCUUCCCAAGAAGAGCUUCGUUAAGAACAAGGCCUGGUCCAAACAGAAGACCAAGAAGGAGCGCAAGAAAAAACGGGCCGCUAAAAGGAAGCACGAUGAGGACUCUGAUGUGGAUGACGAAUACAUGAAAGAGCUUUUGGAAGACACGCGCCUCCUUAAGAAGCUCAAAAAAGGCCAAAUCAGCGAGGAAGACUUUGAUCAGCAGAUCGCAAAUCGACCAAAGUCAAAGCAAGAAGCAGAAGGACCCUAAAUUAAAGCUCAGGAGGAACCAGUCGUCUGUUUAAGGGUGUUUAUUAGAGAACAAUGAGGCACAGUUAUAAAUACAGCUUAAUGAGUUCAUCGCUGACCGCCGACGGGGUGAGGACGCCCAGGUCGGUGAAGAGGAGGGUGAUGAGUGAUGGCGGCGUGUAGUCGAUGAUGGGGUGCUCCUCUGACAGGUUCUGUCCGCUCUUCAGGGUGUCUGCCUUGUACUGCGGAGGGACAGGAAGCACAAGUCAGUACAUCUGAAUAAAAAGGAGGGAAAACCAACAACAUAAGGAAGCAGCACCUUAAAUUUAUCAGGCACAUCCUGCUGGUUUAGCGGAUACAGGCGGACAAAUUUAAAACUUUCAGCCACAACGUAGAAGGGCUUGUUGUGAGCUUUGGAGCACAGAGCCAUUUGAUAGGUGCCAAUCUGGAAAGACAAAACAGACUUUUAACAAGGGUUCAGUUUUACAAAUGUUUUUAUAAAUAAAAUAUGUGCAGCAAGAAUGUGUUCAGCCCCCAUUAAUCCUGCUAACUACCUGAUAACAGCCAGUGUGUGUGUGUGUAAAUUAGUACUGACGAUUGUUAAAGAGUAAAGUACAAAUAAAUCUGUUCUCAGUUUGUCAAACCACAGAAAUGUUUUUAUUAAUCACUUAUAUGAAAUUCAAUGAUUAAAAAAAACGACUAAUUAAAUAAAA